ACAUUAUUUAUUGUUUAUAACCUACAAAUUAUAAUUCCGUAAGUUAUCAGCGGCACAUUUAAUAACUAAGUUUAGUGAAAUUAUCUGAGAAAUGAGUUAUUUCCAUUCAAUUUAUACUUAUUUGUAUUGGAUUUUUCGUCCUUGUAUCAAGUGGUUUUUGCGGAAAACUACAAAGCUUUGUGAGUUACAAAGAAUAUGCUAUGGAGAACCAGUGGGUUAUCCUAGAUCUAAUGGUGUAGAAGUGUCCUUAAAUUUGUCUAAGAAUGAUCACAUUAAAGACUUGGUGCAGUAUCUGAAUAAACUGAGUGAAGAACGGAAACUCAGUGGUCCUAUGCUUAAGGUUGGACUUGAAAAGUCGGUCUAUGUAGUUGUGUUUGCCAAGAAAAUUAACCCUACUAUACACCGCCAGUUUCUCAAAUCUUUUGGAAGGUGUGUAGAGCAUAUUUGGGGCUACCGUCAAUUACUUCAAGAAAUUGAAAACUGGAGACUAACCAUGUAUGAUUCUGAAAACAAAGACCACGAAGAAAAACUAUUGAAACUAUGGAAACGCUUGAAGCCAGAUGAACCACUACAAGCAAGAGUAUCCAAACAGUGGCAAGAUAUAGGUUUUCAAGGUGAUGAUCCAAAAACUGAUUUCCGAGGUAUGGGCAUACUUGGUUUGGACAAUUUGCUCUACUUUGCAGAAGAGUUUCCAGGACCGGCAAGUCAUGUUUUAUCACAUUCUUUGCAUCCACAGUAUGGUUAUGCUUUUGCGAUAGUAGGCAUUAAUUUAACAAGCAUGGCCUACCAUUUAUUCAAAGAUGGUACAGCUAAAACACAUGUUUACAAUGUAUCAAAGAGUUUCACUUCCAUCCGAACUUUUCAUCAAUUUUAUUGCUACCUGUUUUAUGAAUUUGAUAAAUAUUGGCUCCAAGCAAAGCCUAACAUUAUGGAGUUCUCUUUUGUAAAAGAAAAGUUUGAAGCAAAUGUCCGUUCUCUACUGUCAAACCCUUCUGCAGUAUGUAGGAUAAACAUUGCGGUUGACACAGUUUAGACAAAGCUAAUAAAGACACAAAUUUUAAACCUAAAACAGUAUAAGAAACAUGUUUAUAACAAAUUAUGCGGACCUUAUGUUCUGAAAACUAUACUUCAAACUUAUUGAAAAUGCCUAAAAUUUGAAGUUUUGUAGUAAAAAAUGCCGAGUGGGUUCUUGAGUUUUCAUUGAGCGUGCAAGUUAAUGAACAAAGUUAGGCUAAAUAUUUUUUGAAAGUAUGGUAAUUUAUAUUUCUGUAUCAAGGUCUAGAAAUGGUUUCAGCCUGAUGUUGGAUUGCGACUGUUGGGCCUACAAUAGUCAAAUUGUCUGUCUUUAUUCAUACACACUUCUUGAACAGAAAUAAAACUUAAUUAGCCUAAAAUUUUGUUUCAUAAGAUGCCUUAUCAAAUGUUGCACCAUUUUAUGGAUUAUUACUAUGCAUCUACAAUCUUUUGAAGGAUGUGAAUUCCUCUCAUGAACGUAGAAAAUUUUCAGUAGUCUCAAAAAGUUUGGGAGUAUUUUAUUUUGUGACGUCAGGCUAUAGAGGUUAGAUCAAGAUUUCUUUACAGAAUUACCUAAUUUAUGAAAAUGUGAACCACCAACUUAAAAACAACUUUGUUUAGUUUAACUGAGUUUAAAUAUACGGGGAGCCACUAAUAAUUCAGUUUGUCACUACCGGUAGUGUUUUAUAUUAGGUAGGCUGUUUUAAGUAUGUGAAAUUGAGGACAUAUAUGAAUGUUGUGAUUUGGUUAAACAAAGGUUUACAUCACAUCCAUUACUUAAAUUGCCUUACCCUUACAAUGCAACAAAUAUCUACAAACUGUAGGGGCUGUUAUUAAAUAUAAGCUAGUUUUACAUUUUGUAACAUAAUGUGAACAAAUGGAAAUCCAACUGAUAGAGAACAUGUCAAUGCUUCAUUUAACAGUAUUUAGGUCAUAUUCUUUAUGCACUGACAGAAAAGAGUUUGGACAUAACAAGUUUUGGGAAAUGAUGUUUGUUAUAGCCUACUGAGGUCCAUUCUGAACAUUUAAUAUGUAUAGGCUAAUUUGCUUUGAUAGAGCUUUAAUCCUUGGUAAAUUUGUUUAGCAGAUGUAAAUUUAUUUUGGAUAUGUAUUAGGUAUAUUGAGGACUUAAAACAGACUUGUUUGUUGCAUAGAGUUAUAGCCUACCUUUCAUUAGAUGGCGCCAUCUCAAUCAUGUUAUCUAUCUCCCCGUAUAAUUAUUGAGAAACACAAAAUUGUAGACUUAAUUUUGAUUUGUUAUUACCUUUUCAUCAGGUUAGGAUUGUACUUAUCCAUAGUUAUUCUCUAAAAUAUUUUGCACAGAAGUUUCUAUUUAUGUUUAUGAUAGGCUACUUCAAGUACCGUACCCGUAGGCUUAGUUAAAAUUGUGGGGUGCUAUUUUCUUUGUUUUUUCCUGACAAAUUAAUUCUAAACUGAGUAAUUUGUGGAUGAUAUAGUAAGUAAUUUAAAAGACAACGUAUGUUUGUAGGAAUUGAACUGUUCAAAAAAAUCCUCAAUAAAUUAAUUUAGCCAAAACUGUACUCUUAUAUAGUUUUCUCUUCAUAGUUAAAAAUACUAUCAACAUUAAACUUGCCUGUUAAUUUCAUUUGAAUGGAUUCUUAA